AUGGAUCGCAGCCUCUGCCCUUUGAGGCAGAUCCGUCAGGCUUGUCCUUACAUGGGUCGAGUUCCGAUGCCUCAACUUCGUCAAAUGUCCACUAGUCCCGCUCGUCUCGUCAGCCAAGCUCAGCAAUGCCCUGUCAUGAGCCAGAGUCUCGCCAUCAAAGCUGACGGCACCAACACCUUCAGCCCUACUUUCGGCGCUUCUGGAAGCAGCUUCUUUGCCAACAAAACCGUUGCUGCUACCGGCUGCCCCUUCUCGGGUCAGAUGAAUGGCGCAACUGCUCAGCAGAUUCGAUCCUACGUUUCGCGAUCCGAGACCGCCCGUGCUGCUGUUGCUCAGCCUGACGACAUCGAGCGUCUCCACGCCAAGGAGGGUAUCAGCCUUGCCGACCCAAACGCCGGCGUCGACAAGUGCCCUCACGCUCGUAAGCUCGCCGAAGCCGCCGCCGCUGCUGCUGCCACCGCCAACAACUCGCUUCCCCAGCAUCAACGUCGUAAGAGCAUCAAGAACAAACAGGUUCGCACCCCUGGUUCGGGUCUUGGCAUGCAGCCUCAACCCGGUCCCCUCAAUCGCCCCGGGUUCCACUACGAACGGUUCUACCACGACCAACUUCAGGCUAAGCACGCCGACAAAUCCUAUCGCUACUUCAACAACAUCAAUCGCUUGGCUGGCAACGCCCCCAAAGGUCAUCUCUCUGCCGAGGCGGAUGAGAUCACCGUCUGGUGUGCCAAUGAUUACCAGAACAUGUCCCGUCAUCCUGCUGUGCUCGAGGUGAUGAAGGAGACCCUCGACAAGUACGGUGCUGGUGCCGGUGGUACGCGUAACAUCGCUGGACACAACCGUCACGUGGAGAAGAUUGAGCAGACGUUGGCCCAGUUGCACCGUAAGGAGGCUGCCCUAGUCUUUGGCUCCUGUUACGCCGCUAAUGAUGCUACGCUUACCAUUUUGGGUUCGAAGCUGCCGGACUGCGUUAUUCUUUCGGAUGCUAGCAACCACGCUUCGAUGAUCCAGGGAAUCAAGCAUUCCGGUGCAAAGAAGGUCAUCUACAAGCACAACAACAUGGCUGAUCUCGAGGCCAAAUUGCAGGCUAUCCCCCUUGAAACGCCUAAGAUCAUAGCUUUCGAAUCCGUUUACUCCAUGUGCGGUACCGUGGGUCCGAUCGAGAAGACCAUCGAUCUGGCCGAAAAGUACGGUGCGAUUACGUUCCUCGACGAAGUCCACGCUGUGGGAAUGUACGGUCCGCGUGGUGCUGGUGUAGCCGAGCAUCUCGAUUGGGAUGCUCAGGUGGCUCACGGUCAGAAACCUGGUUUGCUCAAGGGUAGUCUCAUGGACAGGAUCGAUAUUAUUACCGGCACUCUGGGUAAAGCCUAUGGAAAUGUGGGAGGGUACAUUGCCGGAUCGAACAGGUUUGUUGAUCUGAUUCGAUGCUUUGCUCCUCAGUUCAUCUUUUCGACCACUCUGCCCCCUUCGGUGCUCACCGGUGCGAACAAGGCGAUUGAGCUCUUGAUGGAGUGCAACCACUCUCGCAUCCUCCAGCAAAUGCGCACUCGAGAGACAAAGGAUAAACUUAUUGCUGCUGGUAUUCCGCUUCAGCACAACCCUAGUCACAUUGUCCCCGUUCUCGUAGGUGACGCUUCCAAGGCCAAGGCUGCCAGCGACAUGCUUUUGGAGGAGUACGGAUGCUAUGUUCAGCCGAUCAACUAUCCUACUGUUGGUAGAGGGCUCGAGAGGCUUAGGAUCACGCCUACUCCCGGACACACCAGCGAGGAUGUGGACCAUCUUGUGUACGCUCUGGGCCAGAUUUGGAAGCAGUUGGGUCUGCGUACUGUCCAGCAGCUCAGGGCUGCUCCGGAGGGUCAGGAUUCAUUGGCUGAUUUGUUCAAGGAGAGUGAGAAGAAGGCCAAGGAGAAUGCACUCUGGACGGAUAAGCUGCUGGGAUUGGACGAGUUAAAGAAGCAGGUGGAGCAGCAUGCCUUCGUUGGCGGGGUGGCCGAGGCUGCUGUUGCUAAUGCUGCUCGGACUGUGGUGGUUGCUGCCUAG